GCUGGGGUUCAGAGUAUGCAGGCAGCUGAGCCCAGUCUUGCAGUCUUGUGCAUUCUCACGGACGUGCCUGGAGUGGACAAAUCAUGCUCAUUGGGUGGGAGAGGGACUCAGCGCUGUACCCAAGAUGAAGGAGGAGAGGAGGACGACUUCCUCGAAAGAAGACACAGCCAUUCCUUCGCAAUUUUCACUCUUCGGCCUCCUCCUACUUUUCCAGUCAGAGUGGCCGGCGUCAACAUCACCAGUCAGGCUCAUCUGGUCCGAGGCACGUUGGGUGGAGAGGCCUUCCUCUCUGUCAGCUACACCAGCACCAGCUCCGACCAACCAGUCAUCAAGUGGCAGCUGAAGAGGGACAAGCAGCAGCCCAUCACCGUAGUCCAGUCACUAGGCACCAGCAUCAUCGGGAACCUGCGGCCCGAGUACAGGGACCGCAUCAUGGUGUUUGAAAACGGCACCUUGCUCCUCCACAACCUGCAGCUGUCUGACGAGGGGGCCUAUGAAGUGGAGAUCUCCAUAACCGACGAUGCCUUCACUGCGGAGCGCAACAUCAACCUCACCGUAGAUGUACCUGUGUCCAGACCCUACGUCCAAAUGAUAGCCUCCUCGGUGCUGGAGUUGAGUGAACUCUUCACCUUACACUGUUCCCACGGUGAUGGCACCAAGCCCACCUAUGGCUGGCUGAAAGGGGGAAAGGUGCUGACCAACGACUCGCGCCUGCUCCUGUCACAUGACCAGAAGUAUCUGACCAUCGCCCGGGUGCUGAUGUCAGACGAUGACAUCUACAGCUGUACGGUGGAUAACCCAAUCAGUAGCAUGAGGAGUGUGCCUGUCAAACUCACCGUCUACAGACGGAGUUCCCUGUAUAUCAUUCUUACCACCGGGGGCAUUUUCCUCCUCAUCACCCUGGUGACAGUGUGCGCCUGCUGGAAGCCCUCUAAAAAGAAGAAGCGGCGGGCUGCCAUGGCAGCCAUGUUGCAGAGAUCUCCGGUAUAUGUAGAGAGGAGUGACAUCAGUCACGGGGUUGAUGUGGUGCCAAAAACAAUAGCCCAUGGAACCCAUGGCCGUAGGAGCCCUAUGGCUCUUUAUGUUGUCAAUGAAGAUGAGAGUCUUGAAGGUGAGGAUGAUUGUUCAGCCAACUCCAUCAGCCCCUCAGACCUCGCCCCUUCUGGUUACCCCAGCCCCCUCCCACCAUCCUCCCACUCACCCGAAGCACCCACCCGGCCCGUUCGCAAAUACCCUCGUACCCCUGUGCCCUCACCCCCUGCCACCCCACUCAAGCCCUCUGCUCAGCCACCUGUCAUGCCCUCAGCUCCACCCCCUGGAUCACCUCCACAUGUCCAGAGCUCAGGGCGUAAACCCCGCCCUCCUGUGGGCAUCCCCACCAAUCAACAGACAGAGGGGCCCCCGGCUACCUCAGAGGCAGACGACCGGGAUUAAUGUCUGAAUGACCACCCUCACUCACCUAUCACUGCUACUACUGUAGAAUUCAUCCACAUCUAACCAUGGAAAUGUGUUGAUUAUCUUGUCUGUUUGGCUGGGUUUUGGUGUAAAGAUAUUUGCUGCGCCAGGAUCAACUGCUCUGAUCAUGGUUUCCCUAUACCCCUGGAAAAAUGGUACGUUGUUCUUUUUUCCCCACCAAGGUUUAAAAGCAUCAUCCAUACUGCACAACACUGCUUUGAGAUUGUUUCAGGUGUGAAUCAACUUGGACCAAUGGCCUCCAUGUAGCCUGACUCUCGAUCACUUUGCGCUUUGGCCAACUCCUCUCUGCUGUGGUGACAAUGAUAGUCAGAGGAGUGAGCUGCAACACAUACAGAUCUGGGACCAGGCUAACCCCCAUGGCUAUUCUGGUGAACUCAUGUAACAGACAGUAUCCACCAAUAAUGUUUUGGGGCAGUCAAUGUGUGGCAGUUGCCACAUGGUAAGGGGCAAAGGGGGUGUAAGUAGCCACAGUCAAUUUACACUGGGAUCUGGAUAUGUUAUUACUUGAAAAUUGGGGUAAUGAUAAUGCGUCUAAUUCGUUUGAUUUGCUACUUCCAGUAGAGGUAAUGGGGAAGGGGGUUUCACAGAAACUGCCAUCCGAAGCCUUGGACUCAUUAUGUACAUAUGUCAAUAGUGUAUGUGAUGUUCUUAGCAUUGAUUUUAGGACCUUUUGCCUCCAAAUACAUUUUUUUCAAAUAACAUUUCAUCCUAAAACCGUGUUUCUAUUCCAUGUUUCAAAAUGAAGUAUGACAUUUAUAGCCUAAUAAAUGUAACAAUAAAUGCAAAGUUGCAAAAUG